GGACUCGCCUAUGAUGUGCCAACCCGAUACUCCCUCUCCACCGACUACACCAGCGACAAUCAGACGCUUGCGGACCACAUGUGGGAUAGCCUAAGUCUGGAUUCGAUGGUUAUCGCUCCUACGAUUGAAUGGGCUGAGGAGAUGGGCCUCCCUGACUCCUGGGAUUUUCCAUGGGACCCAAACCGGAAGAUCUACUUUGUCAAAGUCUAUCAUCAACUACACUGCCUGAAAAACAUCCGCCGAGCUUUCAAACAGCUUCUCUCCCCGGAAACAGACCCCAUCUCCUUCGGCCACGUCGAGCAUUGUCUCGACACCUUGCGACAGGACUUCAUGUGUCGCGCCGACGACACACCGAUGCCGUCGCUGCAGCUGGUCAACGGGGCCGGAGAGGGCCAGAUCCAACAAUGUAAGAACUUCGAGAAGUUGGUGUCGUGGACGAAGCACCCGGACCGCGAUGCGUGCUACCGGCGGCUGAGCGACUAUCGCCCCCCGUCGCGCAGUAUCGAUCGGUAUGCGUAUUGUGCUCCGGGCAGUGAGCAUUUCGCGACAAUGACGAGGUACUUUGAGUAUUAUGGGUGGCCACAGGUAGUUGAGGAUUGA